GGGUAUCUAGAGCUCUAUUUAGAAAUGAUGUGACUGGUAUGACUGCUAAAAGACCAAUUAGAGCUGAAACUUACACCAAGGUCUUUGAUUUCUUGGACUUUUUGAAAAUGAGUUUGAGAGAUUACAUAAGACGUCGAAAGAAUAUUGUGACUUUUGGAAAAAGUAACUUGAAAACAUUUUUUAAUAUUCAGAGAAAGGCGAGAGCUGAGACACCAGCGGUGUAGAAUAUUAAUCCCGGACUGAAGUCUUAGCGCAUCAUGCGCAUUUUCAAUCAAAGCAAAAAUUUUUAAAUCGUCAGUGUUGGCUUUCAUAUAAACUGUGUAAUAUUGUUUUUGAUGUGAACCUUGGGUAAUACCGUCCUUUUAUGUAAACCCUGUGUAAUAUUAUUUCGAUGUUAACCUUUUAUCAAUGUACCACCCCUAUCCCUGAUCGAUAAAUGGCAAUUAGUUAUCGAUGUGCGACAGAAAUCUAGGAGCACUAAGCCAUUUGCGAUCUGGAAAUAGAGGGAAACACACGAAAGUGAAAUAAAACUCAUCACCACAUUUUCACUUGUACGUAAUUGCUGGUGUUUUAUUUACCCCCUCACCAGAUCGGGAAUCAACAUUUUUUAUUUCACUUUCGUAACAAGGAAAGUGGCGGAAGUGAGCUGCAUGUUGGGUUAGCUGGACCCCCGCGCGGUGCGCUGCAUUAAGACUACCGAGGCUGUGUAUAGCCCAGCGAGAAUAAUAAGAGGUUUAGCAUCGGUUAGAAGUAGAAGCAAGGUGGAUUUCGGUAAGUGCCUGUGAGUUAUUGAUUUGGCGUUAGGGUUCGUAGUGGGUCGUUACCAUAACCUAAAACUGUGAGUCCAACUUUUGAAAACGUGGAGCGAAGCCAUUUUGUUGGGACCUUCGACACUGAUUCGUUGUUAAUAAAAUGCCUACUACACGUUCGACAACGAGUAAGGAAAGGGAGGGCGAUAGUAACGACGAGCUGAACAAUACUGUUUGUGAGCAUCCGGCAGGAAAUUCGCAAGGGGAGUCGACGAUUGAAAUGAGGCUAAACGAAAUUAUGAUGCAGAUGAAAAGCUUGCAAGACGAGAUGCAACGUAUAAGGCAACCACAAAGCGUUAUUCAGUUAGAAGCGAAUCAAAUAACGAAUACAGUCGAUUCGGAAAGUAUAGGUGUAAUUACUACGGCAUCCAGCGAAGUUGGCCACUCUCAGCACAAUUCCAGCAUGGGGAGAGCACAUAAAUUGUAUGAUUUACCUGAGUUUGAUGGUCGUCCGGAAGAUUGGCCAAUGUUUAAAGAAACGUUUGCGAUGACAACGGCGGAGUAUCAAUAUAGCAAUCCGCAAAAUAUGAUGCGAUUACAAAGGGCGAUAAAAGGAAGGGCUCGCGAAGCUGUUGAAUGUCUGUUGAUUCACAGUAGAAAUGUCCCGCAAAUUAUGAGCACCCUGCAGGAAUGUUUUGGAAGGCCUGAGUUGUUGGUGAAAAGUCAAAUAAGCCGAAUAAGAAGCAUUGCGCCGAUAUCUGAGAACAGGAUAGAGCAGCUAAUAACCUUUGCAACAAAAGUUCAAAAUUUGUCGUCAUUUCUCCAAGCAGCUGAGUGUGACCAUCACCUUUCGAAUCCGACACUUAUGGAAGAGCCUUUGAUGAAGUUACCCGUGCAAAGACGAAUAGAAUGGGCACGACAUACAGCAUCAAUCGUUCCAAGGCCAACUAUUUGUCAUUUUAGCACUUGGUUGCAGGAGCUUUCUAGAAUCGUGAGUACUGCGUGUUCGUUUUCGAGCUUAGAGCCACGUCCAAAUAGGGUCGAGGGGCGUACUAGAUUUUUUUAUGCAAAUGAAACUAACGCUAGCAGUAACAGAAACGAUAGGUGUGAUGCUUGUUCUGAGAAGCAUACGCUCAGCAAGUGUAAUAAGUUUUUAGGCAUGAAUUAUGUUGAAAGAUGGCGGUUGGCUCGUAGCAAAAAAGUUUGUUUUAAUUGUUUAAAGGGUCACCAUCGUAGUAAUGCUUGCACGGAACAGCAUGAAUGCAAUAAUAGUGGGUGCACGCGUAGAGUCCAUAGUUUGCUUCAUGAGACACAUGAGAGAAAUCGUUGGCAGCGGAACAAUUAGGCGAUGCAACAGACACCGCAAGUAGGAUUGCAGAAAGAAGCAGAGCAGCAACAACAAUUAGAGCCGCAGUCUCAACAGGUAUUUACGAGCACAAUUGGGUUCAGUCCACUGAUGAAACUUAUUUUUAAAUACUGCCAGUGGUACUAUAUGCUAAGGGGAAAGAAAUUAAAACGUUUGCAUUCUUGGAUGAGGGUUCAGCGAUAUCCUUGAUUAACUGCGAUUUGGCAAGGCGUCUCGGCUUAGAAGGAAAAAGCGAAACGUUGACAUUGCAGUGGUUUUAAAAUGCGACCGUAACAGAAGUCUCCCAGCGAGUAGACAUGCAUAUUUCAGGUAUCGGGAAGAACCGAAAGAGAUUUUUAAUGCAAAAUGUUAGAACGGUAUCUAAUUUAAAGUUGCCAAAACAAACAAUUAAUUUUACAGACUUGCAUUACAAACAUCGAAAUUUGACGGUUAGUCAGUACGCUAACGCAGUGCCCGAGUUGCUGAUUGGUUUAGACAACGCGCAUUUAGGAAUUCCUAAACGAACGGCUAAUGAUGGGAGCCGAGGGUAUGCAGUUGUGCUAACGAAAUUAGGAUGGGUCGUUUAUGGAGCAAGAGGCAUGCAAUCGACCAAGGACCAUCAAUACACGUUUUUCGCGAAUAUAGGGGACAAUCAGGAUGACAUGGAAAGGCUGGUGAACGACUAUAUCGUAAACGAAAACAUGUACGUAAAGGAUGUGCAGUAUGUUGCAGAGGCGACGGAAAUCAGUAAGGCGAAGCGCAUACUUGAAGCUACAACUAAGCGAGUUGACGAGUCACGGUUUGAAACAGGCUUGCUAUGGAAAAACGAAAACAUUGAGUUACCAGAUAGUCGGAAAAUGGCCGAACAGAGGUUUUAUAUGUUAGAAAAAAAGUUUGAGAACGAUGUCAACUUGAAGAACGCUUACACUCAAAUUAUGGCACAGUACGAAAAAAAGAGUUACUCACGAAAGCUAACCAAAACUGAAGCUGCUGAAGAAGAGUAUCGCACUUGGUAUUUACCUCACUUCGGAGUACAUAACCCCAACAAGCCUGGUAAAUUGCGAUUGUCUUCGAUGCUGCAGCGAGAGUACAGACGGUGUCCUUAAACUCAGUAUUAAUGUGCGGACCAGACUUAACGCAGCCAUUAGCAGCUGUAUUGAUGAAGUUUAGACAAAAGCCAGUAGGAGUAUGUGCGGACAUCACCGAAAUGUUCCACCAGGUGAUGAUUCGAAAAGAAGAUCAGCAAGCGCAGCGUUUUCUCUGGAGGACUCAAAGAGAUAAGCCAUUGGAGGUGUAUGCGAUGAGCGUUAUGAUAUUCGGAGCAACCUGCUCACCUUGUUCAGCACAAUUCGUAAAAAUUAAAAACGCGGAAGGUUUUAGAAAACAAUUCCCGAAGUAGUAGCUGCCAUAAUUGAGAACCACUAUGUCGACGACUUUGUGCAUUGUUUCUCUAGUGAAAAGGAGGCGUUCAACAUAACUAAACGAGUUGUAGAAAUUCAUAAAAAUGGAGGUUUCGAAUUGCGAGGAUUCGCCUCCAAUUCCAAACUCAUUACGAAUAUGAACGAAAGUGAAACCAUGUCAUCCAUCGUUAAUCUUGACAGAGAUAAUGCGGAUUUAUUCCAAAAGGUACGCGGUAUGUAUUGGGAUACCGACAACGACGUCUUCAAGUUCGUCCUAUCGUUUGGUUAAGUGGAUCCUGCUCUAUUGAAAGGAGAUAGAAGGCCAACGAAACGCGAGGUGCUAAAAACCACUAUGUCACUAUUUGAUCCCUUUGGAAUAGCAGCCGGUUAUACACUGGAGGCUAAGUUAAUACUGCAAGCUAUUUGGCGUGAGCGUACGGAAUGGGAUGAACAUAUAUCAUGUGGCGUGUAUGAAAGCUGGAAGAGUUGGUUACGGCUGUUGAAGGAGCUUGCGCAAAUAAGCAUUCGUCGUUGCUAUGGUACUUUCUUCUCAGAUGCAAGUGAAGCAGCUUACGCAGCAGUCGCAUAUUGGAGGAUUCCAACGGAGUUAGGUAACGCUUCAUUGCGGGGAAAACUAAAUGUGCACCUCUUAAGUUGGUAUCGGUGCCACGGCUGGAGCUACAGUCAGCAGUGCUUGCAACACGUCUCAAGCAAAGCCUAGUAAGUUACCACAAUUAUAAACCGGCUAGAGUAUUCAUGUGGAGCGAUUCGAAGACGGUCAUAUCUUGGAUCAAAUCAGAUUAUAGACGCUAUAAGGCCUAUGUCGCGCACAGGGUGAAUGAAAUUCUGGAAGGGAGUAGCAUUAGCGAAUGGAGGUGGCUACCUAGUGCGACAAAUCCGGCUGACUUUGGCACACGGCGAAAGAACGUAAAACGCGAAUCGUUUUGGAUAAGUGGCCCGAAAUUCCUUACGCAGGACGAAUCAAAUUGGCCUCCGAAUGAAACAUGCCAUAAUACUGAUCUAGAAAUACGCAGCAAAUAUCCAACCAUUUUAAUAAGAAAUGUUUUUACACCUUUUAAAAAAUUUUCAUCACUUAUUCGCUUAAAAAUAGUAGCCUGGGUCCUCCGGUUCCUGGGUAAUUGCCUAAAAGAUUAAGUGAGACAUAUUUAUGGAGUCCUACGCAUUAACGAGCUAAGACGAGCUGAAGAGGUAAUAUUUCGAAGAACGCAAAUGGAAGCCUUCCCUGAGGAAUAUGGUGCACUGAGGGAGGGAAACCCAAUAAAGAAGAGCAGUGCGUUACUAACAUUUAGUCCGUAUAUAGAUGGUGUUGGGUUGAUGCGAGUAGGAGGGCGAAUAGAUGCGGCUGAAGCAGUUCCCCUAUAUACACGACGUCCUGUUAUCUUACCGAGAGAACACUACGUAACUCAACUAGUAAUCGAUUUUUACCAUAGACUGUGGAAGCAUCAGAACGAGAGUUUAAUAGUAGAAAUACGGCGGAAGUAUUGUAUACCACGAAUUAGAACAGAAGUGCGACGUGCUGGAAAAAGGUGGCAGGUCUGCAAAAA